UCAAUACUACAAGAAUGAAAUCAUUGUAAUAUUACAUAACAGCUAUAUAAGUUUCUCCCUCUUUAAGGCACCAGGGAAGGAUUGCAUAGAGCAUGCCUUGUUCUGCGCAUCCUUUUAUGAAGUCAGCAGCUAUUGGUUGGCUCUAGUUCUGCAUCAUGCUCACUUACUAGAGCAUCCUCACAAGCAGAAAUAAAUCUGGUAUCGUUCCUUCUGGGCUGCCUACAUACCCUGGAGCUGAUGGCAAAAUAUUCCUUGUCGUCGUAGUGUGUGUGGACGUCUAAGGAUGGCAGCUGUAAGCCAAUCCCAGCCUGUGCGCCAGCCCUGCAUCUACCAUUCAUGCUAUAAAGUGGUUAUCAACUUAAAGAAACCAUUGCAACCAAUCCAAAUGAACAGCAAGCAGGUGGCACUGGAAAUGUUUUCACUGUGUUCACAGCUAGAUGUUCUCAUCAAAGGAGAAGUAAAACAAAUACAGGAGCAGUUUGCAGAUGACGUGAGUCAUGACGUGAGCCUUGGGGAGUAUGCUACAUUGCACACACUGGGGACAGAGAUUGUGGAAAGAAUGAAAGAAUGUUUAGCAAAUUUACCAGAACCAAUUCCAUGCUUAGAGGACUAUCUUGAUACUUCAGGCUUAUCAAUGCUUUUUCCAAGGGUUGAAAUAUACAUCAUACAUGAAAGGCCAGUUGAUAUGUUGGAAAAACCUCCAAUGGAUGAAUACUACAUUCACAUAGGAAAACUGAAUCAGCUUUUGGUCCUUAGCCAGCAAUUGGAAGAUGAUGUGAAGCACUUAGGAAGCCAUAAAUAUGUUGCUCAUCAGUUGUCAGUUCUCUACAAAGUUCUCAGUUAUUUCAGUGGAUACCCAUCUUUGGAUCUUCCGAAGCGAGAUAUUGAAGCCAAUUUUAAAUUCGUGAAAUCUGCUCUAGCUACAAUUGAUGGAUCAAGACAAGAGCCUGUUUUACCUGCACAGCUUUUGACAUGGCUCCUGGAAUUGACACAAACAAUUAUUACUACAGUAUCCUCACUCCCUGAAGAACUGACUGGGGAAAUAAUGCCAGUGCUGGCAUAUUCUUUAUUGCAGUGAUUUUUGUCAGACAACAAAAAGAAACAGUGCAUAUAUACUGGCUCCAAUACACUUAACGAGAUACUUAUGCCUUAGUACCGACUAGUAACAGUCGUCUCUCCACGAACACAACCCUGUGACAAUAAUAUAAAUGUAUAUAUAACAUAUGUUGGCUCAUUUUGUGAAUGUUUAUUGGGGUCAUAUGUUCUUUUGUCAGAAGACAUAUUCCUGUCUCUGAAUAAGUGCCAUGCUAUUCCCAUGGUAAAGAAGGAGAAGAAUAGCUUUCUUAUAAAGGUAUUGGAUCCAUUAUACGGAAACCCUUUAUUCAAAAAUCUCCGAAUUACAGAAAGACUUUCUCCCAAAGACU